AUGCGUUGGCAAUUGAUUUUAUUAAUUCUAAGCGCUGUAGCUUUGCAAUCGGCAUAUGGUCAAUAUGGUCGCAGACAAAUAGGUAAUCGCGGACGUCAAACUAUGCCAAACGGUGAGAGGUAUUUCAUAUUCAAAAAAAAUAAAUACCAACAAGCUCCUGCCACACCCACCGUACCCAUGACUCCAACAAGUCCCACAAGUCCAACGACACCAACAUCUCCCACGUCACCAACAUCUCCUACCUCACCAACAUCUCCUACUUCACCAACUUCACCUACGUCCCCUACCUCACCAACAUCUCCUACAUCACCAACUUCACCCACGUCUCCAACCUCACCCACAUCUCCAACAUCACCAACAGCAAGAGAUGAAACCGAUUCCAAGGAUUACGACAAAUCCUUUUAUUACGGCGAUUAUGACAACGAAGACCUCGACGAUGAAGACGAUGAAGAUUAUAGUGCCAACUAUGUUGCUGUGGGAGCCUAUUCCCAAUCUGGUAGAAAACCAGCAGGAUUUGCCCGCCGCCAAAUGAACCGCAGGCAGCAGGGAAUUCGCCGUAAUCGAUUUGCCGGACAGCAACAGAAAAUACGUCGCGAUAAUCGUAGUAAACUUCUCGAAGAAAGCCAAAGGAUUGUCGUCGGAAAUCCUCAACAACAAAAACAACGCCAAUUUAACGGACAACAACAGAGAAUUCUUCGCCAAAGACGUCUAAGGAAAGUGGCAGCUGAUCCGGUUAUCUAA